AAGCGGAGUUGCCGCCUCUCUUGGGUGAGAAAAAAAAGAGUGUCUUCUUUUCCAAAAAAGAUGAAACGAACACGGUUACUCUCAAAAGACAACCAAGUGAGCACCGCAGACUAAUGAGUAGAAUCAAUAAGAACGUGAUUUUGGCGCUUUUAACUUUGGCCAGUUCUGCAUUUCUGCUGUUUCAGUUGUACUACUACAAGCACUAUUUAUCAGCAAAGAAUGGAGCCGGUUUAUCAAAAUCUAAAGGAAGCCGACUUGGAUUUGAUAGCACACAGUGGCGUGCAGUUAAAAAAUUUAUUAUGCUAACAUCCAGCCAAAAUGUACCAGUGUUCCUUAUUGAUCCUUUGAUUCUGGAAUUAAUUAAUAAAGACUUUGAACAAGUAAAAAAUACUUCUCAUGGCCCCACUUCAGAAUGCAAGUUUUUCUGUGUUCCAAGGGACUUUACUGCAUUUGCACUACGGUAUCAUCUGUGGAAGAAUGAGGAAGGCUGGUUUCGGAUAGCUGAAAAUAUGGGAUUUCAAUGCCUAAAGAUUGAGAGCAAAGAUCCCCGGCUAGAUGGGAUAGACUCACUUUCUGGAACGGAAAUUCCCCUGCACUAUAUCUGCAGAUUGGCCAGUCAUGCCAUCCACUUGGUGGUCUUUCAUGAGAGGAGUGGCAACUACCUCUGGCAUGGCCAUUUACGACUCAAAGGACACAUGGAUAGAAAAUUUGUUCCUUUUCGAAAGUUACAAUUUGGUCGUUAUCCUGGAGCUUUUGACAGGCCAGAGUUGCAACAAAUUACUGUUGAUGGACUAGAAGUUUUCAUCCCAAAAGAUCCAGUGCGCUUUCUAGAAGAAAUACCACACUCUAGGUUUAUUGAGUGUAGGUAUAAAGAAGCUCGAGCAUUCUUUCAGCAGUACCUUGAUGAUAACACUGUGGAAGCUAUGGCCUUUCGGAAGAAUGCAAAAGAAUUAUUGCAACUGGCAGCCAAAACAUUAAAGAAAUUGGGAGUACGGUUCUGGCUGAGCAGUGGAACUUGUCUAGGGUGGUAUCGGCAAUGCAACAUUAUUCCAUAUAGUAAAGAUGUUGACCUAGGAAUUUUUAUACAAGAUUAUAAAUCUGAUAUUAUUUCAGCAUUUCAGGAUGUAGGACUUCCACUCAAACACAAAUUUGGGAAGGUAGAGGACAGCUUGGAACUAUCUUUCCAAGGAAAAGAUGAUAUAAAACUCGACAUUUUUUUCUUCUAUGAAGAGACUGACCAUAUGUGGAAUGGAGGCACCCAGGCCAAAACAGGAAAAAAAUUUAAAUACCUGUUUCCCAAGUUUACACUGUGCUGGACUGAGUUUGUAGACAUGAAGAUUCAUGUGCCCUGUGAAACUAUUGAGUACAUUGAAGCCAACUAUGGUAAGACCUGGAAGAUUCCUGUGAAGACAUGGGACUGGAAGCGCUCUCCCCCCAAUGUGCAGCCCAAUGGAAUCUGGCCCGUUUCUGAGUGGGAUGAGGUUAUCCAGUUAUACUGAGACAGUAAGUUGAAAUGGUAGAAUUCCCCUUCUGACACAAAGAUGGAUAAUUGUUUAAGAAGAUAAAUCUCUAUUUGUCAGACGCAAGUAGGGCCAAAGAUAUAUGUCAAGUCUGAAGAUGCAGGAAAAGUCCUAACUUCUGAGCCAUGUGAUUUAGUUCUCUCAUUUUACUUUUGUUAAGGAGUCCCUUUACACUGUCCCAGGUACAGUGCUAGGUUUGAGCAGAGAAGCAGAGAUGGGUGACAUCAUACCUGUCUCUCCCAUUCCUUUGGUAAGCAUCUCAGUUUUCCUUUGAGGGAAACGCCCUUACCCUUUGAAGCUCUUACAGAAUAUGAUAUUCUUUCAAAAAUGUUAGAUAACAUUUGGACUGGAAGAUGGGUUCAUCGGGCAAAGCUAAUGAAGGAUAUACCAGUAAAAAAAAGAAUAACCCAUUCCUGUAAUCAGCAGUUAAGCUUGUAUGUUAGUGCUGCUUUUAAGACUGUAGAGUUGAAAAAAAAAAAAAAAAGACUGUAGAGUUGCAGUUAAUAUUUAAGUGAUCAUACUUUAGGUGGCAUCAAGAAAGGAUGCAAGCAGAUUUCAUUUUACCAGCAGCCCCAUAUGGAAUUAAUUUAGAGUACAGAGCAUCAUUCUCUUAGAAUGAGAGCUGCUUUCUAGCUUUGUCAAAGAUAUGCAAAUUUCUGUAAUUUUCUAUUUUCAUAUUUGGAAUGAAAAGGAAGCUUGUGCUUGUGUGGUGCUUUAAUUUCAAGCCAUUGUGAGAAUAUUUUCACUGACCUCUAUAGCACUUGUUAACAAAUCAUUCAAGCAAGAUCAUGCUACCAGACAUGCUUUUGAAAGGGUUGUGAUUUCACAAAACUUACUUUACUUGUUUCAUUCCCAACCAUCUGUUAGGUAAAAAUAUGAGCUAUUCAUAGACUUUAAUAUUUUCUAAACUUUUAAUCCUUGUAUCCCCAAUUUUGAUGUUAACACUAAAAUAUUAAUAGAAAUUACCUGUAAUUUUUCUAAGAUGUACUCUUCUGUACUCAUGUAUUCAUUCAUCAAUUCCAGCUCUGUAUCUUUCAUUUAUGGCCUAUAAACCAAUUUAAAUGGUAUAUAAGCCUACCUGUUCCCUCUCCUCUACACUAUAUCACAUCUCCAGAGUGAAGGUCAAUGGCAAAUCUGACAAAUGCUUUCUCCGUCAUGGUAUUUGUAAAGUUUGUGUCCCGUCUCAUUGUUCCAUCUAGAUGUUCUCUCUGUUGCAUAUUGAUGGGAUGAAAACUCAGACUUCCCUUUAUCAGCUUUAUCAAGUACCACCAAUUAAAAACCCUUCAGUUUCCUUUUCCCCCACUCAAGAUUUGUUUCUGAGUGGGCUGGGAUGGCCCUCCUCCUCCAUCUCUUCGUGAGUCACUUUAAUGGUAUAUUCCAAGAGAGAGGUAAAGGUAUAUGUAGGUACAGUAAGCACUGCUAUCUUUUUCUUUGUCUAGAAAAGGAAGCUGGGUCAUAUAUUUUGUCCUCAGACUGCUUAGGACAACUUUCUGGACAAAAUCCCAGACUUUCCUCUAAAACCAGAGAAUAAUAAGAGUGUCAGAAAUGGAAACCAGAGAGUCUGAGGGAAUAGUAGACUGACUGAGUUUUCCUAAAACAAAGUUGAGAAAAGUGACCUACAACCACCCACUCUAUAUUUUCAAAACACCAGAAACUUUUUUUGAUAAAUGAUAACCACUGAUCUUUCUCUCUUAGGACAAGCUUUCAAUGUGUACUCAUUGGAUCUUUUCAUAACUAACAUAAUGGGGUUUUCAGGGACUCUUACAGAUUACCAGUAAACUUGUCCCCAGAUGAUAGACCAUUGUAAUCAGCUUCUUUUUGCUGGAAAAUUAGCCCAUAGAAAUCACACCCAAAUUCUAAAUAGCCAAACCUAAUUUCAUUUUUCAUAGUUGAAAAAAUAUCAAAUACUAAUAGUGUUUCUGGGUAAAAUCUGCCAUUUAGUGAGGACCAUUUUCUUGUGCUCAGCAUUUAGAAGUAUAUAUAUACUUAAGUGCAUACACAUUUCUGCCCAUUUCAGAUUGGGGCUUCCACUGUUUGCCAGGGGGUCCUACCCACCCCUAUUUAGGUUAUUUUUCUUUUAUCUAUCACUGGAGUCCAAGGUCUUGAAGAAUCCAAAAUCUAAGAUAUCUUGGCUGCACUGACAGAGAUUCUGUAUCCUUCCCUCCACAGCCCACUGGCAGCUGAAAUACCUUUCUUGACUACCUUCUGGUUUUACAGGCUUCUGCUCUUGCUUGGUUCCUACCCUGACUUGAGGGUGUGAAAGCCUUUCCCCAGACUCUGAAGGCUGGCCUUGCUUCUGCUACAGGUUCAGCCAUACUUUAUUCCGUCCUCCUUGACGAUCCUUAACUGUGCGCAGUGUCCAGUGGCUCUACCAUCAAACGUCAUCAGAUCAAUUUUCUUUUUCACCUGAGUAUUCCAACAACAAUUCUCCUAGUAUGGCCACUUUGAGGUCCACUCUGUCUGUUUUACAGGAGAAAACCGCUUACAUUAACUAAGUUAGGCACCCAUGGCUGUCUCCAGACAGAUCCUGAGAGGCAAGAUUGAUAAUCCUUCCUUUGACAAGCAAUGACCACUCUGUCCUUCUCUAAGUGGGGAGCCCUUGGCCUUCUCCCCUCUGCUGCAGCUCCUGACUUCUGGUCGCUGGAAUAAAACUGCAGUAUAACUGCAGUUCUUAAAAUCGAAUAUCUCUAAGAAGCUGGGCAGUGAGAUGGCCAAUUUCUUUGAUUCACUAGCUACAGACCCUGAAAUUUGACCACUAGAUGGCAGAAUGUCUACCACUAUCUCCUAAACAAGUUUACUCAAGUGAAAACCCAUUUGCUCUUUUUUUUUUUUUUUAAAGAUUUUAUUUAUUUAUUUGAGAGAG